UUGCUUCGGUGACAGGAGAGAGUAUCGCAACGCCAACAUGGGGCCGUUAUCGCUCCUCUGCAGCUCCUCCGUCGCCCUCUCGCCGCCACCGCCACCUUCUCCGGCUCAGCUUCGCGCCGCCGCCGCCGCCGCCGCGACUCCCGUCCCCCGCGCCUCGUCCGUCCAGAGGAAGCUCACGUCCGCCGCGCUGGCCGGGGCUCUCUCGUUCGGCCUCCUGCUCUCGCCUCCGUCCAUCGCGGCGGAGUCUUCUCCGGCGCGGACGACGAGGUCCGAGCCGCCGGCGGUGGAGUACUGUCGCGAGGAGGAGGGAGAGGACGGGGCGGCCGCCGUGCCCGAGAGAGUGACGAACGAGGGAAUCGUGGAGGAAGCUUGGAGCAUCGUCAAUGAGAGCUUCCUCGGCACCGGUCGCCGUAGCUGGUCGCCUGAAGCGUGGCAGCGGAAGAAGGAAGACAUACUGAGUACUUCAAUUCCGACGAGAUCAAAGGCUCACGAAUUGAUACGACGAAUGUUGGCGGGUUUGGGCGAUCCUUACACUCGAUUUCUUUCUCCUGAUGAGUUCUCCAGGAUGGCUAGGUAUGACAUGACGGGUAUUGGGAUAAAUCUAAGGGAAGUCCAGGAUGAUGAUGGAAUGGUCAGACUGAAGGUUUUAGGACUUCUACUGGAUGGACCAGCCCAUGCUGCUGGUGUGAGGCAGGGAGAUGAAAUACUGACAGUUAAUGGAGAUGAUAUCAGAGGAAAAUCAGCAGUCGAAGUAUCAUCCUUGUUGCAAGGACCAAAUGGAACUUCAGUAAAAAUUGAGGUCAAACAUGGGAAUUGCAGACCUGUUCAUUCCUUCGAAGUCCAAAGGCAACUUGUUGCACGAACCCCAGUUUUAUAUCGGUUGGAAGAUGCAGAAAAUGGCAUGUCUAUUGGUUACAUACGCCUGAAGGAGUUCAAUGCAUUGGCCAUAAAAGAUCUUGUUACAGCAAUGAAGCGCCUUCAAGAGAUGGGUUCCUUGUAUUUCAUUUUGGAUCUCAGAGAUAAUCUUGGGGGCUUGUGCAGGUAUGCUGGAAUUGAAAUUGCUAAGCUCUUCUUGAACCAAGGAGAAACGGUGACUUAUACUGUUGGAAGGGAUUCCCAGUACCAGACAACAAUUACUGCUGGUGCUGCUCCUUUGGUCAAAGAUCCAGUUAUUGUUUUGGUAAACAACAAGACAGCUAGCGCUAGUGAAAUUGUUGCCUCUGCUCUUCAUGACAACUGUAGGGCUGUUCUUGUGGGAGAAAGGACUUUUGGCAAGGGUCUGAUCCAAUCCGUUUUUGAACUUGAUGAUGGUUCUGGCGUUGUCGUCACUAUCGGGAAGUAUGUGACCCCAAAUCACAUGGACAUAAAUGGCAAUGGAAUAGAGCCAGAUUAUCGAAGUCUCCCUGCUUGGAACGAGGUCAACAAGCACAUUUCUCAGUGUAAAAUGCUUAGACAAGGAUAAGCACGUGUGCCGGCCACCCUUCAACUUCCUUUGUCGGCCUUCACCGGAAUACAACAUGCGACUGUUCCAUAAAGGAUAUCACAAGUUAUCUUUUAUCAGCUGCAUCAGGUGGAUCAUGGCUUUGGAGUGUGUUAGGGAAAUUAUCGAUUGACCUGAUUGCAUUGGACCGUGAAAGGGCGACUUGUUUGCAUCGGAGGAGGAUAGCUUUUUCUUCUGGAUCCGAAUUUUCUAGCCAAGGUGGAGUUUAUGACCAUAUAACUAAACCCCACUGAGGAUUGGAUUACAGGUCCCGAUUUAGAGAGUUCAUAACACGUGUUUGGGAAUGUCCAGGUUUGCGAUGUUCUUCUGUAGAUGAUUUCGAAAGUGUAAAUACGAUAUCAUGACGAAGUAUACGUGUUCUUGUCAUCUUUGAACUAGAUGAUGUAACAACAAUUAGAAAAAGAAAGAAGCAAAUCUUGCUAUUUCGGAGAAAA